UAGUCCACGAUCCAUGCCACCAGGUGUGAGUCCACUCCUCAUAAAGUCUUAUAAACGUCUUCUAUCAAGUCUAAUGGAGAUUGAGAAGAUCUGCCAGGAAGAAUGGGAUAAACUGCUCAAAUCAAGGAGUGCAAAGCUUGUAGAGACUCACCAGGAAGACUCAAAGCUGAAACUGCCACCAAAGUGGGGGGGAUGUUCUACAAAGUACUGAAUUAAGGGUCUGAAUACUUACAUGCAUGAGUGAUUUUAGUGUUUGAUUCUUAAUACAUUUACAAACUUUUAUGCGUUUAUUGAGUGCAGAUGGAUGGGCAAAAAUGGCAGAUUUAUCCUUUUAAAAUUUAACCUACAACACAUGACAGCAUGAAAAAAGUAAUGGGGUCUGAAUGCUUUCCGUCGUAUUCUCAAACCACCCUUUGUUUCAAUACAUCACUCCGAUUAACAUCAAAAAAGUGCGAACUGGAAGUCACUGACCAAGCUGAGUGAGUUUGACACCCGUGACCAUGAACUCCAUUAAACAGGUCUAUUAAUAGAUGGAUGGAUGGAUGGAUGGAGGGGUAAAUGGAAGGAUGAUUUGAAAGUUUGCUGUGCAAUGCCCGACUCAUUAUUGUCAUUUAGAUAACGGUAAAGUGAGCGCUUCCGUUGCCUUAUCUCCAGAAUUGUCAAAGUCGUCUUCUUCAGAAUUCACUGCAUGCUAAACUCUGCACAGAAAGCGCCUCGAGACGUUAAAUCAAAUCAAAGACUUGUGAGCGAAAAGCAGCGCAAUGUGCCGAGCAGUAGGUGGCUGUGUCGCGUCUGUUAUUCGGAAAUGUCCUGAGCUCCUUAAAAUGUAAAUGUGUAGCGCGUUUAAAGUUGUCGCCCCGGUGGGGUUUACGGACAACAGCAUUACAGGGGUCGCCAUUCGGGGAAACAAACCGCAGCUUUGUUACGAUAAAAGAAUCCCGAGGGGCAACCGCCGCAUAAGACGCCUCUUUUGCUCUGUUCCCGCUACCACGGCUCUUCUUAGGGGAUGUUGCAAUAGUUAAGACUGGCAGUAGCGACUCUUAAAUGGUCCCAUUUGUGAAGCCAAGACCCCUCAGAAAGUGCUCGACGUGUUAAAGAAAGGCAGCUGCGCUGGAACGUCUUUUAAAAGAAAGGAUAUUAAAAUCGCAAUUCCUUAAGGAGUCCCAGAGGGGGGUGGGGGAGCGGAUAUCUGAGGAGCCCCUGGAUCUGAAGCGGGACAAGUGGCUCCUAUUUGCAUUUUGAAGCCCCCCGCACCCAACCUGAAAUGCUUGAGGCGGGUGGUGCCGAAGCGGAGCUGCCCGCAUUCUCCUUCACACUCCUCUCGAGGUGUUACUGCACGUCCUCCGGCGGCGACUUCCCGUUAUCCUUGUGACCGUCAAUGUGUCAUGUGCGUUGUGUGAUCGCUGCGGCUCCGGUUCCUAUGACCGUCUGGGUGGUCGCACUCGCUUUUUGCGCACAGCUGCUCUGGAGCCAUUGCGCCGCGGAUCACUGCAACUGGCGGGGCAGCGGGUUGAUCCGGGAGCCCCAUUCUCACGCAGUGGAGCAGGUCCACCUGAGGUGCACUGAAGGCUCCGUGGAAUGGAUGUACCCCACCCAAGCCAUCCGAAUUGCCCUAGAGCCGAACCUGUCCACAUCACGGCCGGCCACCGUCUGUAUCAAGCCAUAUCGAAACUCCAGGGGUGCCAACAUCUACAUCGAGAGAGCCGGGAAGCUGGAGCUGCUGGUUAAUGAAGAGGCCAGCUGGCUGGGGCAAGUGUACUGCUUCAGCGUCGAACGCCCGCAACAGGCCGCAGUGUUUCUGCAAGCCAGCCCUCAGCAGGACAUCAGCCGGCGCACAGUGGGCUUCCAGUACGAGCUGCUGAGCAGUGGCACCCCAGCACCUACUCUCGUCAAAGACGCCAUGCUGGAAGAAGUCUGCCGGCCUUGUAACAACACUGAAUUGCUGAUGGCCAUCUGCAGCAGCGACUUUGUGGCCAGGGGUUUCAUCCGCAGGGUCUCCCACCACAUCGGCCAGCAGCUCUCUGAAGUGAGCGUGGCGGCGGAGCACCUGUACAGACAGAAGAGUGGCGUCUUCCAACAGCAGGCUGCCAGCGGAGAGUGGCAGGGCUCGCUCAAGACCCUCCUGCAGUGCCAGGUGAGGAAGGGCAACGGGCUCUUUCUCUUCACUGGAAUGGAGCACUUUGGCGAGGCCUGGCUGGGCUGUGCUCCUCGCUACAAGGACUUUGUCAGGGUCUACCAAGCGGCCAGAGCCAAGAGGAAGAACCUGUGCGAGUUCCCCCUUGACUGACUUGACACCUCAGACUAGGGCUGUCUGGAACAUUCAGGGUGGGCACUGGCAGAACUGGGUGCCAAGAGAGACACUUUGCCAAAGAAUCUUUUUGAGGGGUUCUUUUUUUAAUAUUUUUAUUUUCGACAGGGUAUUGAUGUUUUAUAUGAAUGAUAGGUAAAGGUUUUAUGAAAGAA